UUCUGCAUGGUCACCUUCUCGUUGUUGAUCACUGCCGUGUCGCCGUACGGGGUCAGUGACCCGGAGGAGAAAACAGAGUGGGACUGGGAGAUGCGGGUCCCGUAACCCCCAGCUCCCCCGUACACGCUAGGUGCACGGGUCUUAAAGGAGCCCGUGGAGAUGCGGGUCUGGCCGGCUCCGAGAAACUGCAUCUCUCCGCUCAAGCUGAUGGCGCUGCUGCUGGAGAUGCUACGGGAGCUGUAGCUGCCCUGGCGGGUGAGAGUGAGAGUCAUGGUGAGACGUGGAGGUGGAGCUGACCUGCAGGCGAUGAGCACAGCUGGAGAAUCUACGAGGAGUGACUCUGCCUGAGACAACGGUGCAUUUUAUAGGACUGAGAGAAUGGGAACAGUGUCUGGUCCGAUGCAUCAACAAUGUAUGACAUGUCAGGGAAAGUCAUUGUGGUGUUUGCACUGUUGGUUGCAGUGCUAGUAUUCGGUGCAUCCGCCACUCCUCAAUCCUCUGCCGCUGCAGAUACUAGGGUACUACAGCAGCUUCUCACCAAGAGGGAGAAAGUGAGAGAGUUGGCUGGCAGACAGGAGCCGGAGUCUCAGACUCACUCUGCAAGGAUGGAGAGACGGGCACACCUAUCUGAGGAUGAACGCGAGACUAUGACCAAGAGAAUAAUGCAAGCAAUUUCAGAGAUGAUGAACUCAGAGUGCAUGUCAGAUCGAGACUACCAGGGCUGGGUGGACUUUGGACGCCGGGACGCAGAGUGA